UCGCCGGUCGUAAUACGUGUUUUCACGCUGUUUUUAACGCUAGCGAACAACUUUCCGUUAGUCAUAGAAAGCGUGAGAAUCAACAACAGUUGACAUUAUGCGGAUUGAACCAGAGGACUCUUUUUGGCCGGAAAAGGCGGCGUUUAGCGAUGCAGAAAGGCAGUACUACGAAACGCUACAUCGGAGUAGGAGAAGUUUGUCUGACCCGGCACCCGCACAUAUCGUUACCGCCCCCACACCCAUCACUGCCGUCCCCAUCACUGCCGCCCCCUUCACUACCGCCCCCGCAAAAAAAGCCAAGAAGAUCAAGGCAAUGGCAGAGAAGGAGACGCCAAACAAAGUGCUCUACAUGAAUCCCCUGACCAUGGAGGCCAACUUCUUUCUCGAGACCCUGAACUCGGUUAACCAGAAAAACAGUCAGCCGCAGCUGGAUCCGUAUCUGGCCAAGAUGUUGGAGCGCAUUAUGAUAGGCAUCGAAAAGUAUAUGGACAGGAACCCCGCCUACAUAUUGCCCCAGGAAGCGGGUGCCGAGGGAGAGGGCGUGGCCUUUGUGCCGCCCAAGGAGUUGCAGACAAUCAAGCGCACAUUCAACUGCACAUCCUGCAGCAACAGAAUCGUGGGCAACACCAUCGUCAAGGCAGUUGCCCACCUGUCGGAGCAGCAUCCCAACCCCAAUCCCAACAACCAGCCAGUGCCGACGCAGACCUUUGCGUCCAAGCAGGAGAAGAAGCGCGCCCAGGUGAAGGCGCGUGAGAAGAUGGUUGUGCAGUUGCCCAAGAAGGCUAAAGCCAUGAUUGUUGGCGAGAUCACGAAUGUGUUUAAGGAUAAAUAUCCUAUCGCGGACAAGUGAAACCGGAAUAGAGUGUGUUGUUAACCCUUAUGCGGUACAUGGGGGUUCAAAAUGGCCUAAGUCAAUCACCCCACCACUGAUUGUUGUUUUUGAAUGUUCGUCAAACUUAUCCGCUAGAGGCGCUUUUUUUUAAUCUGGUUAACAUAAUCUUGAAACAACGUUUUCCCAAACGGGUAAGCAGAGGACAGCUUCAUUCUAAACGGUUAAACCGCAAAUUUCAGAAAACCACUAAAAUGAUAAAAGGUUCAGCUGGUCGGAACUAGAGGGAAAUAACCUUCGAUUGUAAUACAUUUGACUCGAUCGAUGUCUGGUCGACGAUGUAAACUAUCCGACGCACCUUCGCAAUCUAGCAAUUUAUCCUCAUCAACACCCGCCGUCAUGCGACUUUAGCGAGUACACAAACCAAUGUUAGCUGCGACAGGCUAUAGCGUUUUAAGAGCCGGAAUUUUUAAGUUUGAAAGUUAUAUUGAGUUUGUAGCAUAAAUAUUACUUGUUUGUGUGUGUAUAUGGUCAAAUACCUAUAUAAUAAUUAAUAACAAAGUAUAUAACAACCUCGCUUAAAUGUAGUGAGCUUAGCUGACCAAGUUAUAAACUCUGGACAAAUAAUAAAGCGAUACGUAGUAAAUUAA